AUGUCGACAACGGAGGAUUUGGACACGUUGAUGUCUCGAUUUUGGUCAUGUGAGGAAGUCGAGUCUGGCAACACAUUUUCGCUGGAAGAGAAACGCUGCGAAGAGUUGUUUCUGAACACUGUUAAAAGGGAUGAAACCGGUCGGUACACAGUCUCCCUACCUAAGGAUGAAGACGCUAUCUCAAGGUUGGGCGAGUCAAGGGACAUCGCACUCCGACGUCUUCAAGGAACCGAGCGUAGGUUGGCUAGGGACGAAAAUCUACGGAAGCAGUAUACUGAUUUUAUGGAGGAGUACCUGCAUCUAGGUCAUAUGCGGAAGGUCGAAGAAGUUGCUACAGAUUCGGUUAAACGGUGCUAUUUGCCACACCAUCCAGUGGUAAAGGAUUCCAGUACCACUACCAAGGUACGGGUGGUAUUCGACGCUUCCUGCAAGACUUCUUCCGGACUAUCAUUGAACGACGUGUUACUGGUGGGGCCGGUGAUACAGGAGGACCUCCGUUCCAUUAUCCUACGCAGUCGGACAAAACAAAUCAUGCUCGUGUCCGACGUGGAAAAGAUGUUCCGACAAAUCAAUGUUUGCCCAGAAGAUCGACCGUUGCAGUGUAUUCUCUGGCGAAACUCGUCUGCCGAGGAGAUAUCCACCUACGAGCUCAACACGGUAACAUACGGUACUAAGCCAGCGCCAUUUUUGGCCACCAGAACGCUAAAACAAUUGGUGCUAGAUGAGGAAAGCCGGUAUCCACUAGCGGCCAAGGCAGACAUCGAGGAUACCUAUAUGGAUGACGUCAUCACAGGAGCAGACGAGGUAAAAACUGCAAUUGAUCUGCGAGUGCAGCUAGAAGCAAUGACGUCAAAUGGAGGAUUUCGUCUACGGAAGUGGGCGUCGAACUGUCCCGACGUACUGAACGGAAUCGAGGAGGAAGAGCUUGCCAUCCGAUCACCUGAAGGCAUUGUUUUGGAUCCAGACCCUUCGAUAAAAACCUUGGGACUGACCUGA